UUUUUUUUUUUAGUGGGCAAACUUGGAGUUAGCGGGCGCUGGGCUCCUGCGUCAGACUUUACGCACGGCGCGCUCCGUGUGACUGGAAGCUCUCCGUGAUUUCGCAUCUCCGUGCGCUCAGAGAUGCUGCAUGCGGAGCAUCUUGAAUGAAGAGAACCUGCCAGGAUUCAUGCUCUCACCAGGAGUCGCAAUAAGAAGUUAUUCACUGCGCAAAUAAGAUUGAAGAAAAGCACAAUUCCCUUUUUGGCAGCACUUUCUCAGCUUCUGCUCCACCACUUCUCCCCUGAAAGAGCUGGCCUUCCUCAGCCACUAUGCCAAAGAAUACCAAGGUGACUCAGCUGCAGCACAGCAAUGAACCCGUCACCGAGUCUGUGGCCGACCUGCUGUCCCUGGAGCAGCCCAUGGACUAUAAGAGCAGUCAGAUGAGCAUGGGUCUCAGUCCUGGAUCUACUGCCCCGGGAAAGGCCUUGCUACCUGAUCCAGAAGAAGACGGCCGGCCGGCGUGGAACAAUAAGCUGGAGUACAUCCUGGCCCAGGUGGGCUUCUCUGUGGGUCUGGGUAACGUCUGGAGGUUUCCGUAUCUGUGCCAGAAAAACGGUGGAGGUGCAUACCUCGUCCCGUACUUUAUCCUUCUACUUCUCAUUGGAAUCCCGCUGUUUUUCCUGGAGCUGGCAGUGGGUCAGAGGAUCAGGCGUGGCAGCAUCGGAGUGUGGAACUAUGUAUACCCUCAGCUUGGAGGCAUUGGUGUUUCUAGUCUGAUGGUUUGUGGCUUUGUGGGCCUCUACUAUAAUGUGAUUAUUGGCUGGAGCAUCUUCUACUUCUUCCAGUCGUUUCAGUAUCCGCUGCCUUGGGCUGAAUGUCCCAUCCAGAGAAAUGGAACUCAAGCCAUUGUGGAGCCAGAGUGCGAGAAGAGCUCAGCCACCACCUAUUUCUGGUACCGGCAGGCUCUCAACAUCACCAGCACCAUCGAUGACACUGGCGGUCUGAACUGGAAGAUGACUUUGUCUCUGCUGGUGGCCUGGAUCAUGGUCUGCCUGGCAGUCAUUAAGGGUAUCCAGUCCUCUGGGAAGGUGAUGUACUUCAGCUCCCUCUUCCCAUAUGUUGUGCUCUUCUGUUUCCUGGUGCGGGGUCUGUUGAUGAAGGGCGCCAUCGACGGCAUCGCUCACAUGUUCACCCCUAAACUUGAGAAGAUGUUGGAACCUCAGGUGUGGAGAGAAGCAGCUACCCAGGUUUUCUUUGCACUCGGCCUGGGCUUUGGCGGCGUCAUUGCUUUCUCCAGCUACAACAAACGAGACAACAACUGCCAUUUUGACGCGGCGCUGGUUUCCAUCAUCAAUUUCCUCACCUCCAUCUUGGCCACGUUGGUGGUGUUUGCCGUGUUGGGGUUCAAAGCGAACGUCAUGAAUGAGAAGUGUGUCGUUGAGAAUGCCGAGAAGAUCCUGGGUUACCUAAACACAGGCGUGCUGAGCAAAGAGCUCAUUCCUCCUCACAUCAACUUCUCCCACCUGUCUGCUCAGGACUACUCAGAAAUGUACGGAGUCAUCAAAACCGUCAAGGAAGAUAACUUUGGUCAACUUGGUCUGGACCCCUGCAUCCUGGAGGAUGAACUUAACAAGGCAGUUCAGGGUACGGGUUUGGCCUUCAUCGCCUUCACAGAGGCAAUGACCCACUUUCCUGCCAGUCCAUUUUGGUCAGUCAUGUUCUUCUUUAUGCUCAUCAACUUGGGGCUGGGAAGCAUGAUUGGAACCAUGACCGGCAUCACCACACCAAUUCUGGAUGCUUUCAAGAUUCGCAAGGAGAUUCUGUGCGUGGUUUGCUGUGUCAUAGCUUUUCUGCUGGGCCUACUGUUCGUCCAACGCUCAGGAAACUAUUUUGUCACCAUGUUUGAUGACUACUCUGCUGGUCUGCCUCUCACUGUGGUGGUGAUCUUGGAGAACGUCUCAGUGGCGUGGAUCUAUGGCACCAAGAGGUUCAUGCAGGACCUGGAGGACAUGCUUGGUUUCAGGCCGUACGCCUUCUACUACUACAUGUGGAGAUACGUGUCUCCUGCCAUCUUGGUGGUGCUCAUCGCUGCCACAGUCAUCGAGAUGGCCGUCAGUCCUGCAGGAUACAACGCCUGGGUGGAAUCUGAGGGCUCUGAGCAGUUCCAUAGCUACCCCCCCUGGGCUCUGGCUAUGGCCUAUGCUCUCAUUGUGGUUGCCAUGCUGCCUUUACCCAUCAUCUAUGUUGUCCGCCAAUUCAACCUAGUCUCCGACGGCUCCAACAAGCUGUCCGUUUCCUACCGUAAAGGUAUGAUGAAGGACAUCUCCAACCUGGAGGAGGUGGAUGAGCAGCGUUUCAUUCUCAGCAAGAACCCAAGCGAAGCUCCCUCCCCCAUGCCCCCCCACCGGGCAUAUCUGGGGCCCGGAGGCACCCAGGAGAUGACCAACACCAACUAUGGCACCAGCACCAAGACAGGCUACCAGAACAUCGGCUCUCCUGAAUCUGAGCUAUGAUUUUCCAUCCCCCCCCCCACAACACCCACCCCAGAUUGGGGCAAACAAGCUAAGGAGAUCAUGAGGGAAAGAAAAUUAACUUACAUCAAUAAAUCAGCCCGUACCCCAAAGUAAAAUCCAUCCACACCCUCUUAGAUUUUAAUGGUUGGUUCUAUCUUAGCGACUUCAGUGUCAGUAAAACGUUAAUAUUCUGUGACCGGAAAGAUGGAUCCAAAACUAAAACGAAUGAGAAGAUAGUUAAGAGAAGACACAACAUUAAUGAAAAACAACCAUCUUUUUUUUUUGAUAGAAGUUUUUCUCAUCUAGAAAACAAAAUAGUUAUAAAAAGCAUCCAUCACAGUAUGUAGAAAUUGGUUUUGAUAGUAUUACAAGCACAUUGUAUCUUCACAUUUAUUGUGCCUAUCAUGCAUCAGCAAUAAUACGCACCAUCAGGGUCCUGACACGACUUUGGAUCUCCUUCUAGCUCUGAUUCCCACAAAUGUACGAUAAUGUAAAUAGGUGUUUUGUGCAAUGUUUCCACACUUCACAUGAGUUGCGCACACACACAUACACUGCAAUAGGGAGAAACAAGAGGCAGCUUGGCCACUCAUCGUUCCAUGAAACACAAGCACAGCCAUUGCUAGAGCAUCUCUGAGCCUUAACACAGAGCAGCACUUUUCUGUUUCAUAGUCUUCAAGAAGCAAUGCUCUGGAUUCGGUGAGCAGCAGUUGUGCUGAUCAGGUUGCUGGAAGUCUUUUAAUAAUAACCUUAAAUAACAGGUGUACACACAAGCAGAAACUGCUGUUCUUUGAUCAGAGUAGGGCUUCAUGCUUGUUUGCCAUAGAGUGGCAGGUGGAGGAAAAAACAGUUUUGUCUUUGUGUGCACACAGGUGUAAACACGAGUGUGAUGUCUGCAGCUGAUCAAGAGCUCCUCAUAACCCUACCGGUUUAAAAAUAGAGCUGUGGUACCCGGGGGAAGCUGUUGCAACACACCAUGCAAAUAUAUUCAAGCUGUCUGAUGUGAAGGAUUCGCAGAGGAGCAGUCACCAGGUUUCUAGUGUUUCACCUGCAUAGUAAUUGAAAAUGUCACCCUGCAUCAGUGCUAAACUGCACAUGCUUCAUCCUCGAGAGGAUAAGUGACUAAAUUCUCAAUUUUGCUGAGCAUAUUUCAUAAGCACUACAUAACACAGCUCAAUGUCUUCUUGUGAGUGAAGGGGGAGAAAAGGCUUUGUUCUCCCACUUUGAUUAUCUUACAACGUUUUGUUCAGGGAGUUACUGUGGAAAUUUCAAUGUUUAGAACUGUGGUGAUACAUGGUUUUGACCACUAGGUGUCUCUGCCAGCCAACAGAGAAAACAUUCUCUUUGUACCUGUGGCCCCUCCCUGAGAAGCACCAAUGCUUAAGACUGAAGUAAUGUAGUUGAAGAACAAUCAGUCACAUUCUCAUGUGCCUGAGCCGCCUCCGUGUUGUCUGUUUGCCUUAUGCUUUUGUCGGUGUAUUUGUUUUCUCUUCAUCCAGUGAAUAUUGGACCAAUGUUUCUACUUAUUCUUAUGAGCACUUUAAUUAGAUAGACCCUGGAGUUUUUAAGCAUACAUUUGAAGACUCAGCAAAAAGGCUUUUAGAGAAUAUAUAUAUCUAAAUAAAAGAAUUGAAUGUUUAUAAAAUGCACAAGACAAAAAAGCAUGGCAUCUCAGAAAUGCCUGAAGUCAAAUUUUAUGCGUUUGAUCUCAAAUUUGUGAAACAUCUCUGGAAAAGUGGUGAAAUAGAUCAGGAUCUUUGCCUGAACUGUUGCCUUUCCUUAGUAAAAAUGAAAGUUUGGCUUCUGUUUUGGCAUUAAGAUGUCUGGAGUAGAUCUCCAGAUUUGGAUCAUUGUUAUUCAUGUCUAAUCAGGGAUUUUUGAGGCACAAACAGAGAGCAGAGGGCCUUACAUUCAGUUGAAAUAAUUUAUUCUUCCAGUUGCUGUUCUGUUGCAUCCUUGAGUGGACAUCUGCAGGUACAAGAAGGUUAAAAUCUGUUGUGUCAAAUUGACAAAUCCAUAGGACAGAGCAUGCUUUGUUUGCAGUUUAAGCUUGAUUUUAAUGUGAAAGCAGAAGUUCACAAACAUCCAAAUGCAGCUUCCUUAAAGUGAUGUCUGGACACAUGUUUGUCCAGGACAGAGGUCUGCAACUUGAGGCUCUGGAGCCACAUGUAGCUUUUUUUAUCUCUCCAAUGUGGCUCUCUGGAUAAAGAAAAAUAAAAAGUUUAAUGUUUAAAAAA